AUUUGAAGUGAAGUGAAAAUUUGUUGCUAUUGUUUCGAUUAAAUUCGAUUUUUAUGUACAUAACAUAGGUUAGCGGGAUGAAGGCUUUUUCUUGGCUUGUAGGGAAUUAUGCUUGUGCAUAAUUUAUAUAUCUGAGGAUGGUUUACGUCGUAAUUAAAUUGGAGAGAUUUGGACAGAUUCCUCUUCACUCUUACUUUUUUGUUCGAUUAAAAAUUGUUUUCCUAAGCCUAUGUAAUGUCAGAGAAAGAAUUUAAUAUGCCUUUAUCUCGCACUAGAUCUUUAGUGACAAGUAUAAAUGGGAAUCAAAGCUCAACACCGAAGGAAUCAUUCCUUCCUCAGAUUACUGACAAGAACAUUAAAACAUCCCUACCGCCGAUUAAAAGUCAGACAGUCGGGGGCUUUAAGACUGCUUACCAAAAUAACACUAAUCGUCAUAUUUACGAAAACGAAAGUGACCAUUCAUCGUCUAAAGCAGUUCCUCAGCUCCCCGAAGUCCGUCCUGCAACGAGUGGGGACAGCUCAUCAAGCAACAAAAGUAGUAAAGCAAAAGUUCUUGUUGCUACCCCAGAGCAGGUGAUGAAACUUUACAUGCAUAAAUUAACUCCAUAUGAACAUUGGGAAAUUUAUUCCUAUUCGCACAUAUAUUUUCUUGGUGCAAACGCAAAAAAAAGGCAAGGUGUUAUAGGUGCUCCAUCGAACUGUGGCUAUGAUGAUAGCACUGGUUCCUAUCUUCAUGUGCCCCAUGAUCAGAUAUCAUAUCGAUAUGAAAUGUUAAAAGUUAUUGGUAAAGGAAGUUUUGGUCAAGUCAUUAAAGCUUAUGAUCAUAAAAACAAUCAAUACGUUGCUCUGAAAAUGGUUCGUAAUGAGAAAAGGUUUUAUCGCCAAGCUCAAGAAGAAAUUAGAAUUCUAGAUCAUUUAAGAAAGCAAGAUAAAGAUAACACAAUGAAUAUUGUACAUAUGUUUGAGCAUUUCACAUUCCGUAAUCACGUUUGUAUCACAUUCGAGCUUCUCAGUAUUAAUCUUUAUGAACUUAUAAAGAAAAAUAAAUUUCAAGGCUUUAGUCUAACUUUAGUUCGCAAAUUUGCACAUUCAUUGUUACAAUGUUUAGAUGCUUUAUACAGAAAUAAAAUAAUUCAUUGUGAUUUGAAACCUGAAAAUGUUCUGCUAAAACAACAAGGACGUAGUGGUAUUAAGGUGAUAGAUUUUGGAUCUAGCUGCUUUGAGGAUCAAAGAGUGUAUACAUAUAUACAGUCUAGAUUUUAUCGUGCUCCUGAGAUUAUUCUUGGUUCAAAGUAUGGAAUGCCUAUUGAUAUGUGGAGCUUAGGUUGUAUAUUAGCUGAACUUCUUACUGGUUAUCCAUUACUUCCAGGAGAAGAUGAAAGUGACCAAUUAGCUUGCAUGAUAGAACUUUUGGGAAUGCCAUCUGUAGCUCUAAUAGAACAAUCUAAACGUGCCAAGACUUUUAUCAAUUCGAAAGGUUAUCCUCGUUAUUGUACAGCUACAGUACAACCAGAUGGUAAAGUGGUUCUAAGUGGAGGAAGGUCACGUAGAGGUAAAUUGCGAGGUCCUCCAGCUAGCAAAGAUUGGGUUAGAGCUCUUCGUGGAUGUGAUGAUGUUCUUUUUAUAGAUUUUUUGAAACGUUGUCUUGAAUGGGAUCCUAAUGCACGCUUAACCCCACCUGCUGCUUUGCGGCACGGUUGGCUACGACGACGGCUACCACGUCCACCACAAAGUACUAGUAAUACAGCAGAUCCAUCUCACCAAAUAUAUGUUCAAGAUAGUUUAGGAAGUGGUGGUGCAACAGCUGUUCGUUCUAGUCUCACAUCAAAACCUAAUAUAAAUACUUCUAAAACUAGAAGCUCUUUAAACAGUGCAGGGGAAACAGCGACAAUUGACUGUCGUACAUUACCUACUAUUGGUAAGAUUCCUUAACAUAUGUGAUAUUUAGAUUAUUAUAGUUUUUAUGAUGAGCUUUUGCAACACAUAGUGACUUUUAACUAACUAUAAUAAUUUGCCAGUUCCUCUCUUUUAUGUUGAAUUGCGUUUGCUUCUAUGCCAAUGUGUUUUUGUGCUGUGGUUUGCGUGAUUUUCUCUAUUUUAAAUUUAUUGUGUAUUUAUCGUUAAUACACCAUCCACAAAUAUUUUGCUAUAGUUAAAAAAACAAAUCUUUUUAUCAACACAUGUAUAGAUAAGUACUUUAACAUACUUUAUAGAAUGAAUUGAAGUUAUUUUUUAAUUGAAAUUCUAGUAUGACAUUUAAUAUAAAAGUUUGGAAUUAUCUAAAAUAAUAAGUUUUGUUUUAUACUUUAAAUUUUUCUCUUGUGCUCAAAACUACCCCAAGACUUGAACUAUUAAAAAUCAUUACAGGGGUGUUAAGUAAUAUGUUAGGUAAAAAUAGAUGUCUUUUUUUCAGCAUAAUUUUAUGGUCGGCCGUGAACAAGAUUAUAAAAAAUUGUUCCUUAACUUUCAAAUUUCGUAUAUUUAUUAAAAAAAAUAUAUCAUUAAACCUGUAAUAUUAUUUACCUAUGUCUUUUCAAAUACAAAAAAAUUGAAAAGAUAUUUCUUUAUAAUAUACUAUAUUUUUAGAUGUCUUCCAGCUUGAUUUUUGGUCUCUCUUUGUCAUUUUACUAUUUAUAAAUUAAUUAUAAUAAAUGAAAUACCAAUAAAUAAAUUUGCUACUUGUAAAAUAUUUUUUAUAAAUGUUAUUCCAGUAGUGUGAUACAUUGAAAGUAAACCUAAGGUAUAAUUUUUUUUUC